AUGUACAUAGAAAACAGUGGUCAGCAAUUCGUCAAUAAAAUAGGUUAGUAAGAGCAACCCCAUCAAGGGUUUAUAACAGGUUCAUGGGCUCAGUAUCAUAGGGCCGGAUAAUAAAAAUAAAUCAUAUAUUGGGUUUAAUUUCGCGACCCGCCUCUUACGCUUGACCCCGUCCGAUACGGGUUCACGACAGAUGUCGCAUUUUCACUGGGGAAGGGGAGUCGACGUCACGCAGAGAAAAGCGGAGAGAGAAUCAUUUCUCUCAUUUUCGCGUGAAAAGCUAGGGUUUCCUCCUCAGACGAUUUCCCGUGCGACGCCGAUCUCUCUCCACUUUUCUCUCCUUUUCUCGAUCGAUUCGACGCCGGAUUGUCUCCUCCAGGAGCAGAGAUGGAUCCCUUAGAAGAGAUAAGAGAUAGUAAGAGGCAACUAGAGUACUUAAACCACCUGGGAAACGUGGCCGAUUCGGAAUAUGGAAUGCCCAGAAGAUGUGCUUGUGGUGGGAGAAUGAUUGACGAGCUUCGAGUCAAGGAUGAGUUCGACACUCAGCCUGGGAAGCGCUUCUUCAGCUGCGUAAACUACGAGGCUGAUGGUUUGCAUUAUCGUCAGCCUUGGGUUAUAGGUGUGCAGGAGGAGAUGGUACGCCUGCGUAAGCGUGUUGAGGAGGCUGAUGAGGUGAUCAAGUGGGUGCCCAUUCUCAAUAAACAGAUUGAGAGUGUUGAGGCACAAGUUAAAAGGCUGACUUUGCUGCUUGAUAAGCUCACUGGUGACGUGUAUAACCUCUCAGUGCAGGUGGCUGCUCUGGAGAAUGUCUGUUUCGACUGAAAUCGACGAGGUAAACAUUCAAACUAAACUGAAGUAGAAGUUCUU